AAAAGACCAUCUUGCCCUUGUCUUUUAGCCUCUUAAUCAACUAGCACUAGCAGGCAGGACUGCCUCGGUGGACAAAACCCUAACCUUACCCUUAACCUAAAACCCUCUGUUUUUUUUUUUUUUCUUUUGUGAAAGAGAUCAGCAAUCUAUCAAUGGAUUCAGUGUGGAAGCUGAUGAGAAUGAAACCCAAUUCCGUUACAGAAAUUGUAAGGUGUUUCAGCUCAAUAAGAGAAACAAGAGGCAGUUUCAGUUUGAAUGGUGAAAGAGACGAUGCAUCAAAUGUUGAUAAUUCACCUCCUCACCCCAUUCCUAACAGGCCCUUAAGAGGCCAAACUUCUUUCAACCAGUCUCAAUCUCAAUCUCCAAGAAUUCCCAGAAGAAAUACCAAUCAAAAUCAUCUGUCUAGUGAUGAUUUUCUCGAGAAAUUCAAGCUCAACAAGCGUAAUCACAAGGAUGAAAUCCCUCAUCAAAUAAAUAAUCAUACUUCUAAGGAUGAAAACAUCAAUAAAUCUUCACCACCGCCUCCUCCUCCAGACGCCAAUGAUAUCUUCAACAAGAUGAAAGAAACAGGGCUCAUACCAAAUGCAGUUGCAAUGCUUGAUGGGCUAUGCAAAGAUGGUCUUGUUCAAGAAGCUAUGAAGCUCUUUGGUCUAAUGCGCCAGAAAGGUACUAUCCCUGAGGUUGUUGUUUACACUGCUGUUGUUGAUGGGUUUUGUAAAGCACAUAAAACAGACGAUGCCAAAAGAAUUUUCAAGAAAAUGAUCGAUAAUGGCAUCACUCCCAAUGCUUUUAGCUAUACUGUGACGAUUCAAGGAUUGUGUAAAUGUAAUGCGGUUGAUGAUGCUGUUGAUUUCUGUUUCCAAAUGCUGGAUGCUGGUCACUCUCCCAAUGUUACUACUUUUGUUGGUUUGGUUGAUGGGUUGUGUCGAGAGAAAGGCGUUGAUGAAGCUCAGAAUGUUAUUGAAGAUUUGCGAAAAAAAGGGUUUUACAUUAACGGUAAAGCUAUUAGAGAAUUCUUAGAUAAAAAUGCACCUUUAUCUUCUGAUCUUUCUCAAGCUAUCUUUGGAAAGAAACCAUCACAAAUGCCUUUUUGAUCUUAUAAUUUCUUGCUAUCUACUGCACAUUGUAAGUGUUUUCUCUGCUCACUUCGGUUCCAAUCAUUUAUCUUCAUCAAUGCAAGCCCUCUUUCUUAACUUUUUCUCUUUAA